UAUUUAUGUUGUGACUUUUGGAUGUGGUUAUUCUUGUAAAAUAUAAGUUUAUAGGCGUGAUACAGCUUUGGCCUACCGCGGAGCUGUAAAGCGCUCUGUUGUUUAGAGCAGGCAUAAGACUUACGUUCUCUGCAUUUCAAAAUAGAAAAUCGAUGUACACAGCGAACUUAUCUCACGUUUUAUUUCACUCGAUUUCUCUUAGAUAAUUUGUAAAGGUUAUGUAGUCACUGUAGUCAGUGAACCAUCGCACCGCAAGUUCUAAAAUCAUACGUAAAAUAUUGUUACGGGUGAAGUGAAGCGAGCAUAAAUGGCAAGCAUGCAUUUCAAUGAAGCCAGCAGCAAAUUCCUCGCAAAUUAAUUGACACACCCAGCGACGCAGCAAUAUAGCGAAACUUUGAGAGUACGAAAGCCGCUAGAAAACAAUGAUCAAGGUGAUAACAAGUUUUGUAAGCUGUUUAGCAGCAAUUCUACUGGGAAUUUUGGCACUCGCCACGGACUUUUGGCGAGUAUGGUGGAAGGAAGAUAAAGAAAUUGAAGGAGUUCAAUAUCAUCAUGAAGGCUUGUUUCAAACUUGUUCUGAAACUACAAUCAAUGGCACUGUUCUGGCAGUUGACAGAUGCACUGACUUGCACGAGUUAGGAAGACCAGAUUGGAAUGCAGCAACGAUUGCCCUCAUGAUCAUUGGCCUGAUUUGCCAUUUAUUUGCUUUUGUCUUUACCAUUGUGACUACUGCAUGUCGAAAAGGACAUCCAUUCCCCUCAUUUUUUAUUGGAGGACUUUUUGUUGCUGCAGCAAUUGCGGUGAUUAUUGCCUUGCUGGUCUAUACAUUCCAUAACUGGCAAUCUGAUGUGUUCUUCAGCUGGUCAUACGGCGGGGGAUGGUCUACAGUAGCGUUAUCCAUUAUAGCAUUUGUGCUAAUAAUGGCAGAUCGCUGAGUAUGUUGAGAGCCCACCUGACACACAGCAAAGGUCUCACCUGAAAUGACUGCACUGGCUGGAAAUAAUUUAUGUUAACAUCACAAAGUUUUAGUCAUAAUUUACUUUGCAAAUUUGUCAGUGGGCUCGAUGAUUGCAAACCAUUAAGCCAAAACUAGUACAGAUAGUUGUCCGAAUUCUUCCAAAUAACACUACAAGAAAUGUAGAGUCUAGUAAGGAGAAUUUGUAUGUAGACAUAAGGGCUUAGCAGGCCAAGACAUCGCAGUUUCUAUUGUUAAUUGAGCUUUUUUUGUUGAGAGGUCUGCGUGACUUUUAUCAGCGCUCAAAAUAUAGCAUUUUAAUGGAAUGUUAUCAUUGUAGCUGAGUUAAGUUGACAAGUUAGUUGUAAUGCUUUUAAACAUUCAAGUUUUGGUUUCUUUACAAGUGGUUUAUAUUUGUCCUUGGUUUAAGUUUUUUUAAAUCAGUUUGGCUUUUAGUGACCAUUGUCUUGUAUUAAUUUAACCAUGAUGUGAUACAAGGAAGAAUAAAAAUCAAACUGGUUUAUAAUUUCACACUAAAAGAAAUCGCAUGUUGACAACACAGGAAAAUCUGAAUAUUGACUGUAGGAAGUUUUUUUUUGUUUGUUUUUUACCAGAACAUUGUAUUUCUUUUAUUUGUUUCCCAGUGUACACAGGUAUUUAAGUUAACACCCAUAUUUUCUCAAGUCUGUAAAUUUUUCUAGGGUUUACCUUUUGUUGUUAUCAGAGGAAGUAACUGUUAUUUACUACUUGAGCGUCACUGUAAAACAAUUUUCUUGCUAUUUGAAGGAUUUUAAAAGACAGAAACAGUUCAUGUUUCUAUUAGAGUAGAAUUUGUGAACAUAAGAAACCUGUACUUGUAAGUAUUUCACAAGUAUUUAUUUUAUAGAUAGAACUUGCCUUGUUGUUCCACAGAGUUUUGAAAAUUGAACUUGUAUGACGCACUUCAGGAUAUUCAAUGUAAUAUGCGCAUGUAGUGAAUUUUGCGACUGUAAUUAAUUUUCAUUAGUAAAGCUGCAUUAUAAUGUAGCUACUUUGCAAUAAAAUGUUCAAUGCAGUUC